AUGCUGCGGCUGCGGGAGGCUACACUAGACGACCAGCCUCCAGGGGACGACCAGGACCGGGAGUGUCAGCGAAUCCAGCAACAGCGGGCGAUAGGAACCGCCGCCGCCGCGAGCUCGAGGAUGAGUGGCCUGGACGCGAUUAUCUGUCCCGUAGUCCUUGCGUCGCGUCUUGCAGAUGCCAACCCCAUUAUUAGAUGCAGGAAAACGGGGUCCUUUUACACCGGAUGGCAUCCCCGGGUCAAACACACGGAGCGGAGAGGAACAAGAGCCAAGGCCAAACAUUCGGCAGAACACGGCCUUGUUUACGUGUGGAAUCCUGCCGUCUCUCGUCGGAACAAGCUCUUGCCGACAUUGUCAGAAACUGAUGAAGACCAGCCGCUUCGCCUUACUGUAUACAGAUCCAGGACGUAUACAUGCUGCGUGAGCAAUGUUCAUGAGACAAACUCCGCGAUGUUCGUCGGCGCCGUUAGCACGAGGUCCUUCACCGGCUCCCCUGGAUGA